AUGGAAGCUGAAAAAGACAACAAAAACCAAAUUCUUAAGGAGUAUUUUCUGGAUGAAGAAUAUGUGAAAAAUGGACAAAAUGAGGGAUUAAUUGAUGAAAUUACAAAGGAAAAUAUUCAGCUAAAGGAGGAGAUCCAAAAGCUUGAAGCUGAGUUACAGGAGGCCACCAGAAGCUUCCAGAUUGAAGAGCAUAUUCCUAAAACAAAAAUGAAAUUCACAUCAAAACAGACUCCUGAGAAUGACAGCCAGUUUUUAAAUACCUCCUGUUCAUUCAAAGUGAGCUCCAAAGUUCCUUACGAGCUACAAAAAGGACAAGCACUGAUCACCUUUGAAAAAGAAGAAGUUGCCCAAAAUGUCAUAAGAAUGAGGAAGCAUCGUGUGUGGCUAGAGGAUGUAAAGGUGGAGGUUAUGGCCAAACCAGUUCCAUUAAAUUUAGGAGUCAGAUGCCAGGUUCAUGUAGAAGUGUCUAAAGUGAAGAUCAAUGUUACUGAAAUUCCUGAUGAAUUACCUGAAGAUCAGAUGAGAGACAAGCUAGAACUGAGCUUUUGCAAGUCCCGAAACGGAGGCGGAGAGGUGGAAUGCGUGGACUAUGAUAAGCAGUCUCGAAGCGCCAUCGUCACAUUUGUGGAAUUUGGAGUUGCCGACAGGAUUUUGAAAAUGAAAGAAUAUCCUCUUUAUAUAAAUCGAAGAUGCCAUAAAGUUACUGUUUCUCCAUACAUGGAAACACACUUGAAAAAGUUUCAGGUAUUUUCAGGAACAUCUAAGAGGACAGUGCUUCUGACUGGAAUAGAAGACCUUCAGAUGGAUGAAGAAGUUGUGGAGGAUUUAGUUAGCAUUCACUUUCAACGGGAGAAGAACGGAGGUGGAGAAGUAGAUGUGGUCAAGUGUUCUCUGGGUCAACCUCACAUAGUGUAUUUUGAAGAAUAGGCUGAUGGAAUCAUAUGAAAGUCAUAGCUUCUGAGCUCAAAUCACUGUAAAUGUUUGACAAAAGUGAAUGUUCUUUUUCUUAAAAGAAAUGAAAACUUUAAUUGUUUAGUGUUCAUUUACUCUUAGAUGCAAAAUAUAUUUCCAUGUUUUUGAAUUCUUCCUUGUUUCAAACUGUGCUGCAUAUUUUCAAAUGCAAUAAGUGCACUGUAUUAAAAACAGUUGUCUUCAUAAAUUACGUGGAUCGGUGGAUUUUAUGUGGAAAUCAGCCUUAAGUGACCCACAUGUUCCCCUGCCUGUGCUGGCUCAUUCUGUCAUGGUCAUGUCAGUUUUGGCCCCAUGCCUACCAAUAUGCAGACUUGACUGUUAACAUUUUCCAAAAGAAAUUCAGUUACAUUCAUCAUUUGUGGUUUCUGUAGACUUUACUGAGGAUUCAAGGGAUUUCAAGAGUGAUUAUUUUCCUGCUUUGCACAGCAUUUCAGUCCUCAGCUCCAAAUGUUCUUAGAGCUGAGUGUGGUCUUUUUCUUGAACUUUCUGUCACCCAGAGUGCCAAGUGUCCCCUGAUUCCUUCCAAGCCAUCCCCUCUCCAAAUAGAGCUUAUAGUGACCAGCAUUUCUUUGUUGUACACUUCCAAUGGAAAGAAUAAGUGUAUGGGACUAAAAUCUUGGAAUAAAGAGUAGUAAACACACA